AUAGUUGUGACACAUCUGAAUAAUUUGCCCACACCAUAUUGCUUAUCAGAGCUUCCUGUUAGUUGAAAAUGGCUGCUCCAGGAGUUAAUGGACGAUUCCAAACAAGGCCUAACUUUCACCAUGGUAAGCAAAUCAUAUCAUCUUUCAGAACACGGCUGAUGCAUUUGCAGCACCAAAUGCUACCCCGAACAACGCUCCUGGCUUCCAAGACCCUUUUGUGAACCAUCAGAACGAAAGUAUAGUCCACGCUCCUGAACUUUUGUAUAAGUUUGACAAGAGAAGUUGAAAGCCAUCGGCGAGGCUAUCCUAGACUGGCAGCUUUUCUCAACAGCGCUCCUGAGUUUGCCAUAUUCCGCCGCUUUGGGCUUCCCCGUACUCGAGUCCUUCUUUAUAAGCAAGAUGAACUAGUAGAAUUGGAGACUAGGCUCCUUAAGCUUGACAACGAAGAGCAGAUACCCUAUCACCUUUGCCCAAGACGUAGUAAUCCCAGUGCUGUUCAAAAAGCAUUGGUAGCCGAGAUUGAGACAAAAUUGAGAGAAUAUGGUAAGAUGGUUUUGACCCGUCUUCGGAUGAUACGUAAAAUUAAGAAUUGGUAGAUGGAUUGCUGGACGCCUAUCAUCGGACACGAGAAAGGCCUACCCCACAUGAAGAGAAUAUCAAGAGCGUGGUAAACUGGCUGGAUGGAAACAAACCACUGUCUCUAUCCGAGUCCACGUUCAUGAAUGAUUGGGAAGACUUGGUAGCAACUCGGUACCCAGCCGAAUUUGGCAGAAUCGAGGAAAUCGUAACUAAGAGUCGGAUUGUAGAAUUCUUUGGUUCUAGUUACCGCGGAAAUGUGGGGAUGCUACUGCUCAAUUGACCGAUAACGUAUACUAAAACACACUACAGACUUCGGUGGACAAGAACGUUUUAUUGGGAUCUUUUCGCGCGGUUACAGUUGUGUCUCGGGUUUUGACUACGGCCUUUCCAGUCGUGCUACUCUUGACUCCAAUUAUAGUUCUCAAUGGAAUGGGUAGUACAAACUGGAAGCUGGGGGUAAUAAUAUUCUUUUCUGUUUGUUUCUCUUCGGUGUUGUCAUCGUUCACUGCGGCACCGGGCCAUGAAAUCUUUGCAACAACUGCUACGUAUACUAUACCUAUUAUCUACAUAUAGUUUUCUUGCUAACGGUGCCGACAGCUAUUGUGCUGUCAUGGUCGUUUUUGUGGGGAUCAAUGGAAAUCAGUCGCAGGGUAGUGCGGCUUGAAGCUUGACUUGGAGGACUUGUACUAGGAACCCCAAAUCAACUGAAUCUUUGAC